CCUCUUUGUGUGGAGAUGGCACGACCUCAAGAGAUUGAACUUGGCAGCCCCAGAGAUUGGCCUCUGGACGGAGGCUUGUUGUACUCGAUAGAAACGUUGAUUGUUCAGUGGUCUGGACAAAUAUGGAAUGUCCUGAAGAAGGACUCUGGAGACCUGCUGCUCCAGGGAGAUCACCCGGGGCCUAACGUGGAACUCCAAUUCUGGACCUCGCAUAGAGAGAAUCUUGUUGGAAUUCAGUCACAGAUUCAGAGUCCCAAAGUGGAGCAGAUCAUGGAGAUUUUGAAAAGAGUCAAAAGCAGUUACUAUUCCUCUUUCCAGGACGUCUCUGUCAAAGUCAACGAGGGUGUGCUGGAAGCGCAGGACAUUGAUUUGUAUCUGCACCCUUUGAGGAGGCUCAUCAGUAGCCUGGAAGAGAGAAGUUUUCCUCAAGUGGACACUCUGCUACCGCCUCUCUUCCACACACUCUGUCUCAUCUGGAGUCGAUCACAGUACUACUGCACCCCACAACGCAUGGUUGUUCUCCUGCAGGAGUUCUGCAACCUCAUCCUGGAAAAGGCCUUUGCCUACCUGAUCCCUGAAGAACUGUUUAAGAUGGAAAUUGAGGAAGGGCGGGAGAGAGUCCAAAUAACCAUCUACAUCCUGCGCACCUUCAAGCAGCUGUUUCACACUCACUGCCAGAAGAUUCUCGAGUACUUCCAACACGGCCAGACUGUCAAGCUUUGGGAGUUUCCCACCUCACUUGUGUUUCAGCGCUCGGACAACAUAAUGGAGAGACUGUGUAUGAUUGAGGAGCUGUUUGCUUCAGCGCUGGACUUUUUGAAGCUGGAGAAGGUGGAAAUCGGUGGUUCCAGAGGCAAGAUCCUCAACGAGAUGGUCUUCACCAUGAGUGAGGAGUUUCAGGACCGCUGGCGAACCCUCAGGGAGAGCAAAUACGAUCCAUUGGACUACACUAAUGAUGAUUUUGUUCAUCAAUACAAAUCUUCUAUGGAACAAAAUAAAGACUUUGACCAGAGGCUUGGAACUGUCCUCAAUCUCGCAUUUCAGCACUCAAGAAAUCUCAAAUCUACAAUUAAACUUUUGAAGGUUUUUGGGAACCUGCUUGAGCGACCCAGAAUCCAUCAGCUCUUCAGUCCGAACUACAUUGUAUUAUUGGACAUGUUCAACAAGGAAAUAAACCACUGCCAGUUUCUACUUAAUCAACACAGAAAUGGGCAUCUGUCAGGAAAUGUGGUUCUAGGAAAAAAUAUGCCCCCGGUGGCUGGGCGGCUGAAAUGGUCUCAGGGGCUUCGGUGUCGCAUCUUGGCCAACAAAGGCAGCUUGUGCCAGCUUGCUAAUACGCCUCUUGGUGGCACUGAGGUCGACAUUGCUCUCCUCAAGUGUGAACAUCUUCUGGAAGAUUUGGAGCAGCAGGACCAGGGUUUUUUUUCACAGUGGACUGAAGGCCUGGAGGAAAUCUGUCAAACACACCUGGAGGAUCCCCUAUUGACUCUUGACCCCACCACAGGCUUGUUUCACGUCAACUUCAGUCUUGCUUUGACAUCUGUGCUGAAGGAGGUGAAGUAUCUGGGAAUGCUGAAGCGCCAGAAUAUUCCCAAAGCAGCUCUUCAGCUCUACUCUAAUCGGGAGCGAUUUUGUGUGCAAACUCAGACAUUGAUCUUGGUGACCCAGUGGUACAACCAUCUGAAGAGCACCAUCCUAGAUGUUGAGAUGGAACUGGUAAGAGAUGAAAUGGACAGGACCAGGCGACAGUUGGAUCCAGCCCUGCUAGAGCUGACCUGGGCCAAGGAGGAUGUGUGGGACUACAUUAAGAGCACAAGAGACCUUGUCCAGAGCAUUUGGAGUCGCAUUCAGAAGAGCAAAGAAAAUGUGGAGGCAGUUCAGACUCUCAUGGGAAAAUUCAGCCAGCGUCCAUGUGUUACAAGAAAGAGUCGGGACUCUACUCUUCUGUUGUUCUCUGACAUUGACGAAAGUGUUACCAAACUGCACGCUCUCAUCAGCAGCACGGGCGAGGAGAUACACACGCUUCUGCAGGAGAACCGGUCACUCCUGAAUGUGUCCGACCUGAACAGUAGCGAAUGGCAGGCCUACACUGACUACGUGGACCACAUCAUCCUUGGGGGCUUCUCAAGCGCCAUCCGAUGCUCUCUUCAGUACCUGCUAGACAAUACUGAUCCAGCCCAGCAUCUCGGUCCGCUGUUUGAGGUCCAGUUGGUGCUGAAGGGCAGUGAGAUGUGUUUUGAGCCCUCACUAGAUUCCACCAACAGAAACAACUUCUUUGAUAUUGUGGACAACAUGGUUGCCAAUAUUCUAAAAAUGGCUUCGUUCAUCCCCAGAGUUGCAAAGUACAGGCAUCUCGAUAAUUACCAGAAUGACAUAAAUGGAAUGAAGGAUUUGUCAGAAAUGUCUUGUGCUCUACGCUCUCGAGCACGUGCAGCUAUGGCCAAGGUCAGAGAAUAUCGAGAAUUGUUCAACAGCUAUCGCUACCUCUGGACUGAUGACAGGUCGGAGUUUAUGAGACAGUUUCUGCUCUACGGUCAUGUAUUAAGCUCUGAGGAAGCUGAGCUGUAUGCUGACUACGAACUGAAGAAAAACCCACCUACAUUGGAAAACUUCAAAGAGCAGAUCAAUCUGUUUGAGUCUCUCCAUGAGAGUGUGAGCAAGAUGGAGGAAGGGAGGGUGUUCUGUGGCUGGUUACAGCUGGACAUCAGACCUUUCAAGCACACGCUGAUGAACAUCAUCAAGAGAUGGAGCUGGAUGCUCAAGGAGCACCUGCUCAACCACGUUAACCAAAGCGUGAGGGAUCUGUCCACUUUUGUACACAACACGGCACAUGGUCUUUCUAACAAGGUGUCCAAUGGUGACUACCCCGGUCUGGUGGACAUUAUGGGACACCUAAUGGCCAUGAGAGAGAGACAGCUGAACAACGAGCAGGACUUUAAACCUCUCAAAUCUACAGCAGAGCUCCUGAAGACCUAUGGCCAACAACUCCCAGAUGAUGUCUACGCACAGCUAAAAGAGCUGCCAGAGAUGUGGACUAGUUUGAGGAAAAUCGCUUUCACAGUCAAACAUGAAGUGGCGCCCCUGCAGUCUAAGGAGGUUUCAGUCAUCCGCAGGAAAUGUGUGUGGUUUGAGGUCAAGCAGUAUGAGUUCAGAGAGCGGUUCCGUAGUGAAGCAAUUUUUAAGAUCAGUGUGGAAGAGCCAUACAAGCAAAUUGAUAAGUCUAAUCGAGCAGUAGCUGCAAUGGAGGCGGAAAUGAACUCGCUGAAGGACACCGCCGACCUGUUCGAGGUCAGCUUCCCAGACUACAAGCAACUGCGUCAGUGUCGCACCGACAUCAUUCUCGUUAAAGCAGUAUGGGAUAUGGUCAUUUUUGUCAAGAGCAGCAUAGUGGAUUGGACCAAAACUCAAUGGAAAGAAAUCAACAUUGAGCAAAUGGACAUGGAGCUCAGACGUUUUGCAAAAGAGAUGAAGAUGCUGGAUAAGGAGGUGCGUUUGUGGGAUGUCUACAUGGGACUGGAGUCAACAGUGAAGAACCUGCUGACCUCUCUGAGAGCCAUCAAUGAGCUCCAGAACUCUGCUGUGAGGGAGAGGCACUGGCAACAGCUAAUGAACACCACCAAGGUAACAUUUGUGAUGGGAGAGGAGACCACCCUUGGGAACCUGUUGGAAUUGCAGCUUCACCAUGUCGAGGAUGAGGUUAAGAAUAUAGUGGACAAGGCCAUGAAGGAAAUGGCGAUAGAGAAGGUAUUGUCAGAGAUAAAACAGACAUGGAGUGUUAUGUCAUUGUCCUAUGACACUCACUCCAGCACUGGAAUCCCUGUCCUCAAAGCAGAUGAGAACAUGAUAGAAACUUUGGAAGAUAACCAAGUGCAGCUGCAAAACAUCCUCAUGAGCAAGUACGUGGAAUAUUUUCAGCCAGAAGUGAGCAUAUGGCAGCGGAAGCUGAUGGUGGCUGACGUGGUCACCUCCUUGUGGAUGUCAGUGCAGAAGACCUGGGCCCACCUCAACAGCAUCUUCACCAACAGCCGUGACAUCCGCAGCCAGCUGGCCAGUGAUGCGGAGCACUUCUGGGGAAUUCACAAUGAUUUUCAGAGUUUGAUGAGUGAGGUGGUGCAGAACAGUAAUGUGUUAGGGGUGACCAACGGGCCUGGCUUCCUGGAGAAUCUGGAGACACUGCAGCAGAGGCUGUCUGUGUGUGAGAAAGCCCUGGCAGAUUACUUGGAGACCAAGAGGCUGACAUUUCCCAGGUUUUAUUUUGUAUCUGCCAACGACCUGCUGGAGAUUGUCUCCAAGGGAACACAACCCGUGCAGGUGACCAGACACUUGCUAAAGCUGUUCGACAAUAUAGCAGAUCUUCGCUUCAAGGAGUCACACAGAGGUGAAGGAGCACUAGUGGAGGGGGAAGUAGUUGCCAUAGGGAUGUGCAGUCGAGAGGGAGAAUAUGUUCCAUUCUGCAAGCCAUGUCUUUGUGAAGGACAGGCUGAGCGCUGGUUGGUUGCCUUGGAAAGCACAAUGCGCAGCACCAUUCAGAAGGAGAUUCAAGAGGCGGUAGCUGCCUAUGAAGACAAACCACGUGACCAGUGGCUCUUUGAUUACCCGGCACAGGUCGGGUUGACUGGCAGCCAGGUAUGGUGGGCCACAGAUGUGGGCAUUGCAUUUGCAAGGGUGGAGGAAGGAUUUGACACAGCGCUCAAAGAUUAUAAUAAAAAACAGAUCUUACAGCUCAACUCACUAAUCCACAUGCUGCUGGGGGAGUUGACUCCUGGAGACAGACAGAAAAUCAUGACCGUCUGCACCAUUGACGUCCACGCCCGAGAUGUAGUGGCCAAUCUCAUAACUGAAAAGGUGUCAACAGGACAAUCAUUUGCGUGGCUCUCGCAGUUGCGCCAUCGUUGGGACAAUAAAACACAACACUGUUACGUUGAUAUCUGUGAUGCCCAGUUCCGCUUCAGUUAUGAAUACCUCGGCAACACCAAUAGGCUUGUCAUCACUCCUCUCACUGACAGGUGUUAUAUAACGCUGACGCAGUCCCUCCAUCUGACUAUGAGUGGUGCCCCCUCCGGCCCAGCCGGUACUGGUAAAACAGAGACUACCAAGGAUCUGGGACGCUCACUGGGCAUUAUGGUUUAUGUGUUCAACUGCUCAGAACAAAUGGACUAUAAGUCUAUUGGAAAUAUUUAUAAGGGUCUGGCUCAGACUGGAGUGUGGGGCUGUUUUGAUGAGUUCAACCGGAUCUCAGUGGAAGUGCUUUCUGUGGUCGCCGUACAGGUCAAAACCAUACAGGAUGCAGUACGCAACAAAAAACAUAGGUUCCACUUCCUUGGAGAGGAGAUUGAGCUGAAGCAAACAGUGGGAAUCUUCAUCACAUUGAACCCAGGUUAUGCAGGCAGAACUGAGCUCCCAGAGAACCUUAAGGCUCUCUUCAGGCCUUGCGCCAUGGUGAUCCCGGACUUUGAGCUCAUCUGUGAAAUCAUGUUGGUGGCAGAGGGCUUCAUAGAUGCUCGUCUUCUGGCGCACAAGUUCAUCAGCCUCUACACACUCUGUAAAGAAUUGCUGUCUAAACAGGAUCACUAUGAUUGGGGUUUAAGAGCCAUCAAAUCAGUUCUGGUGGUGGCUGGCUCACUGAAGCGAGCGGAGCGCAGCAGACCUGAGGAACAGGUGCUCAUGCGGGCCUUAAGGGAUUUCAAUUUGCCAAAGAUAGUGACCAAUGAUGUCCCCAUAUUUCUGGGCCUCAUUAGUGACCUCUUCCUUCAGUUGGAGGUUCCCCAGAAAAGAGACACUGAGCUGGAAAAUGCUGUCCGCCAAUCAGUUAAUGAGCUGCGCCUUCAGCCGGAAGAAAACUUUAUACUGAAGGUCACUCAGUUGGAGGAGCUGCUGGCUGUCAGACAUUCUGUUUUUGUCAUCGGUGGACCAGGAACUGGAAAGAGCCAGAUCUUGAAGACCCUCCAUAGAACCUACGUAAACAUGAAGAUGAAACCAGCGUGGAAUGACAUCAACCCUAAAGCUGUGACCACAAAUGAGUUGUUUGGAUAUCUGCACUCUGUGACCAGAGAAUGGAAGGAUGGCGUCUUCUCCACUACCAUGAGAGAACUGGCUUCACUUACCCAUGAUAGUCCCAAAUGGAUCGUUCUAGAUGGGGACAUUGACCCCAUGUGGAUCGAAUCACUCAACACAGUUAUGGAUGACAAUAAGGUAUUGACUUUAGCCAGUAACGAGAGGAUUAGUUUGUCCUCCUCCAUGCGUCUCCUCUUUGAGAUAUCGCAUCUGAAAGCUGCUACCCCGGCGACUGUGUCAAGAGCAGGAAUCCUCUACGUCAACCCGCAGGACCUUGGCUGGACCUCUUUCGUGACAAGCUGGAUAGAGAACCGGCAGGCACAAUCAGAACGAGCUAACCUCACUAUUUUGUUUGACAAGUAUGUACCCUACUGUCUAGAACAAGUCCGCUGCAACUUGAAAACUAUCACUCCCAUUCCGGAAAUCAGCUUGGUGCAAACACUGUGCUCCUUGUUGGACUGCCUGCUGACUGAUAACAACACACCUCCUGAUUCCCCCAGAGAACUUUAUGAGAUUUACUUUGUCUUCGCCUGUGUCUGGGCUUUUGGAGGACCCCUCUUCCACGAUCAUCUACGUGACUAUCGUGCUGAAUUCAGCCGCUGGUGGGUAAAAGAAAUGAGAGCUGUUAAGUUCCCCUCCCAAGGAACCGUCUUUGACUACUUUAUAGAUCCUGAAACCAAAAAAUUUAUCCCGUGGAGCGAGAAGAAGGUUCCUUUUGAGCUGGAACUUGAUGUGCCUUUGCAGGCAGUGCUUGUUCACACCCCAGAAACCAUAUGUCUGACAUAUUUCAUGGACCUACUCCUCCAGAGGGGCAAACCUAUCAUGUUAGUGGGUAACGCAGGAGUAGGGAAGAGCAUUCUCGUGUGUGAUAAAGUCUCCAAACUGAAUCACGACUACAUAGUGGCUAAAGUGCCCUUCAACUACUAUACUACCUCAGCUAUGCUGCAACGUGUUCUCGAGAAACCACUGGAGAAGAAAGCAGGUCGUAAAUUUGGACCUCCGACCACAAAGAAACUCGUUUACUUCAUAGAUGACCUCAACAUGCCGAAGGUGGACGUAUACGGGACUGUCCAGCCACACACGCUUAUACGUCAGCAUCUGGACUAUAACCACUGGUAUGACAGACAAAAACUGGCAUUGAAAGAGAUUCAUAAUUGCCAGUACAUCACCUGCAUGAACCCAACUGCUGGAAACUUUUCCAUUAACCCUCGACUACAGAGACAUUUCUCUGUGUUUUCAGUACAUUUCCCCAGUGCUGAUGCAUUGGCCACCAUCUUUUCCAGCAUCUUGUCAUCUCACUUCCUACAGGGUGAAUUCAGCUACGGGGUCUUACGCUCCGUCGAUCCUCUCAUACAGGCUGCCAUCUCUUUGCACCAGAAAAUUAGUCGGAGCUUCCUGCCCUCUGCAAUUCGCUUCCAUUACAUUUUCAAUUUGCGAGACCUUGCCAACAUCUUCCAGGGCAUCUUGUUUGCCCAGCCUGAGUGUAUCCGAUACCCCAUGGACCUUGUUCAGCUGUGGCUUCAUGAGAGCUCCAGGGUAUACUCGGACAAACUGAUGGAAGAGAAAGAUGUGGAGGUCUUCAACAAACUCCUACUGGACACUUCCAAGAGAUAUUUUGAGGGAAUGAAAGAGUCACUUUUUAUCCACAAGCCUCUGGUGUACUGUCACUUUGCUCAAGGGGUGGGAGAGGCUCGCUAUCACCUGGCAUCAGACUGGGAGAAACUGCAGAAUAUUCUUAUUGAUGCUCUGGAGCAUUAUAAUGAGAUGCAUGCUGUGAUGGACCUGGUGCUGUUUGAAGAAGCUAUCCAGCAUGUAUGUCGGAUCAGCCGCAUCCUGGAAGCUCCCUACGGUAACGCCCUUCUGGUUGGGGUAGGCGGCAGUGGGAAACAGAGUCUCUGUCGGCUGGCUGCUUUCCUUAGCAUGCUGGAAGUCUUCCAGAUCACGCUACGUAAAGGCUAUGGCUUCAAUGACCUCAAAAGUGACAUAGCACGAUUGUAUAUGAAGGUCGGAGUAAAGAACAUUGGUACAGUGUUCCUUUAUACGGAUGCCCACAUUCCUGACGAAAGCUUCUUGGUGCUCAUCAAUGACAUACUGGCUUCCGGAGACAUCCCAGACCUGUUUAGUGAUGAAGAAGUGGACACAAUCGUGGCAUCAAUGCGAAUGGAGCUCCGAGGUUUAGGACUCACCGAUUCCAGAGAAAAUUGCUGGAGCUUCUUUAUAGAAAGAAUACGCAGGCAGCUCAAGGUGGCAUUGUGUUUUUCCCCUGUGGGGUUCACCCUGCGGACCCGGGCACGGAGGUUUCCAGCCUUGGUGAACUGCACGUCUAUCGACUGGUUCCAUCCUUGGCCCCAGCUCGCCUUACAGUCUGUCAGCACCACUUUCAUCGAGAAGAUACCCGAACUGGAGCCAAAAGUGAGGACGUCGAUCAGUGAGUUUAUCUCCCAUGCCCACACCAGUGUCAACGAAGUGAGUGUCAGGUUUCAGCAGAAUGAGAAGCACUUCAACUACACCACACCAAAGAGUUUCCUGGAGUUCAUGAAGCUUUACGGCAACCUGUUGGGGAAGAAACGAACUGAGCUCAGUCAAAAGAUGGAGAGAUUAGAGAAUGGUCUGCAGAAGCUGCAGAGCACCGCCAACCAGGUGGAAGAUCUUAAAGCCAAGCUAGCGGUGCAAGAAAUGGAGCUAUGUCAGAGGAAUGGGGACAUUGAGGCUCUAAUCUCUAAAAUAGGACAACAGACAGACAAUCUGAGCCAAGAGAGAUCUGUGGCUGAUGCUGAGGAGCAAAAGGUGGAAGCUUUUCAAGCAGAGGUGAGCAAACAGCAGCGAGAGACAGAAAAUGAGCUGGCCAAGGCUGAACCUGCACUGCAGGCCGCCAAUGCAGCCCUCAAUACACUCAACAGGUUGAAUUUGACUGAGCUGAGGACGUUCCCAAACCCUCCGGCGAUUGUUACCAAUGUCACAGCAGCCGUUGUGGUGCUGCUCGCUCCUCAGGGCAAAAUCCCCAAAGAUCGGAGCUGGAAGGCUUCCAAGGUGGUCAUGAGCAAGGUGGAUGAGUUCCUGCAGUCUCUGGUGAACUUUGACAAGGAGCACAUCCCAGAGGCCACGGUGAAGGUUGUGAGAGACGACUACCUGAGUGACCCUGAGUUCAACCCUGAAUUCGUGCAUCACAAAUCCUCCGCUGCUGCUGGGCUCUGUGCUUGGGUGAUCAAUAUGAUCCGCUUCCAUGAUGUAUUCCGUGAGGUGGCCAAGAAGAGGUUGUGCCUGUCACAAGCCAACACUGAUCUUGCCGAGGCUGCGGAGAAGCUCCAAGUCAUUGGGAAGAAACUGGCCGAGUUAGACAGCAGCCUUGAAUCCCUGACCAGCGAUUACAAAAAAGCCACGUCAGAGAAGUUGCGUUUUCAGGAAGAAGUCAACCAUACAAACAAGACUAUUACACUCGCCAAUCGACUAGUCAAAGGGCUGCAGAGUGAAAAUGUGCGUUGGGCCCAAUCAGUGGCCGAGUACCAUGAACAGGAGGCCACUCUUUGUGGAGAUGUCCUCCUAACCGCAGCCUUCAUCUCUUACGUCGGCUCCUUCUCCAAAAAGUACCGCAGGGAGCUGGUGGACAACCUCUGGAGGCCUUUCCUCCGCAGCCAGAAGAUACCCAUUCCCAUGACAACGGACUUGGAUCCUGUGUCCCUGCUGACUGACGAUGCCAUGGUAGCCCAAUGGAACAACGAAGGCUUGCCAGGAGACAAAAUGUCCACCCAGAACGCCGCUAUCCUCAUUAAUUGUGAACGCUGGCCUCUGCUAAUUGACCCUCAGUUACAGGGCAUCAAGUGGAUUAAGAGUCGGUACGGCAGCAGCCUCAGAGUCGUCAGUCUGAGUCAAAAAAGUUAUGUGGACGUGAUCGAGCAAGCCGUCGUGGCUGGAAGCACUGUGCUCAUCGAGAACAUUGAAGAGACAAUUGACCCGGUUCUGGACCCGCUCUUAGGUCGACACACAAUCAAGAAGGGCAGUUGCAUCAAGGUGGGUGACAAGGAGUGCUUCUUGCAUCCUGACUUCAGGCUCAUCCUUCACACCAAACUGGCCAGCCCUCACUAUAAGCCAGAGAUUCAGGCUCAGACCACUCUUAUUAACUUCACUGUGACCAGAGACGGGCUGGAGGACCAACUCCUUGCUCAAGUUGUCAACCAGGAGAGGCCUGACCUUGAACAUCUCAAGAGCAAACUAACCAAACAGCAGAACACAUUUAAGAUUGAGUUGAAACUUCUGGAGGACGAGCUGCUGACCAAGUUGUCUGCAGCAGAGAGCAACUUUCUGGGUGAUAAUUUGCUGGUGGAGAAGCUAGAGAGCACCAAACACACUGCUGCUGAGAUAAAGAUGAAGGUCCUGGAAGCUAAAGUCAAUGAGGUGAAGAUCAACGAAGCCAGAGAACAUUAUCGACCUGUAGCUGCCAGAGCUUCCCUGCUCUAUUUCAUCAUGAAUGACCUCAACAAGAUCAACCCCAUGUACCAGUUCAGCCUCAAGGCAUUCAAUGUGGUCUUCGACAAAGCGGUGGACAAGGUCGAGCCCUGCGAGGACGUGACCAGCAGAGUGAAAACGCUUAUAGAUUGUGUUACAUACGCCACCUUUAACUACAUCAGCCGGGGGCUCUUUGAGAGGGACAAGCUUACGUUCACUGCACAACUGGCCUUCCAGUUGCUCCUGAUGGCUCAUGAGAUCAACGUGCGCGAGUUGGACUUCCUGUUACGCUUCAACAUCGAGCACUCUUUCGUCAGCCCGCUGGACUUUCUCUCCAACGCUGCGUGGAGCGCCAUCAAAGUGAUGAGUUUCACUGAUGAGUUUCGAGGUCUGGACCGGGAUAUUGAAGGCUCUCCUAAGCGCUGGAAGAAGAUGGUGGAGUCCGAGUGUCCGGAAAAGGAGACGUUUCCCCAGGACUGGAAAGGGAAAAGUUCCCUGCAAAAACUCAUCAUGAUGAGAGCUCUGAGACCUGACCGCAUGACAUAUGCUGUCAGGAACUUUGUGGAGGAGAACCUUGGGCUGAAAUAUACAGAAGGUCGUAAAACUGAAUUUGCAAAGUCUUUCAGAGAAAGUGGUCCAGCCUCCCCCAUGUUCUUCAUUCUCUCUCCUGGAGUGGACCCACUUAAAGAUGUGGAGUCACUUGGAAGAAAGCUAGGCUUCACCAUCGACCUUGGCAAGCUUCACAAUGUUUCGUUGGGUCAGGGGCAAGAGACUGUGGCUGAGGUUGCUAUGGAAACAGCUGCAAAGGAGGGUCACUGGGUGAUACUGCAGAACAUCCACCUGGUUGCUCGCUGGCUGGGCUCCCUGGAGAAGCUUCUGGAGCGCUUCUCUGAAGGCAGUCAUCCCGACUACAGAGUGUUUAUGAGUGCUGAGCCUGCACCAACCACCCAGGAACACAACAUUCCGCAGGGCAUUCUGGAAAAUGCUGUUAAGGUCACCAAUGAGCCUCCAACAGGCAUGCACGCAAACUUGCAUGCAGCGCUAGAUAACUUUGACCAGGACAUUCUUGACCAGUGUAGCCGCGAACAGGAGUUCAAGACCAUCCUGUUCUCUCUGUGUUAUUUCCAUGCUUGCGUGGCUGAGAGAAGGAAGUUCGGACCCCAGGGAUGGAACAGGAAGUAUCCUUUCAACACUGGAGACCUGACAAUAUCAGUGAAUGUCCUUUACAACUACCUGGAGGCAAAUACACAGGUACCAUGGGAGGACCUGCGAUAUCUUUUUGGUGAAAUCAUGUAUGGAGGACACAUCACUGAUGACUGGGACAGAAGACUGUGCAGAACAUACCUGGAAGAGUACAUGCAGCCCAACCAGUUUGACCGUAAACUUGCAUUGGCUCCAGGAUUUGUGGUUCCAUCCAAUGUGGACUAUCAGGGUUACCACAACUUCAUAGAUGAGAUGCUGCCCCACGAGAGUCCUGUGCAUUACGGGCUGCACCCCAACGCGGAAAUUGACUUCCUGACCGUGACGUCCGAUAAUGUUUUCCACACUUUGCUGGAGCUGCAGUCUCCUGAUACUGUGAUGGGGGAAGGGACCUCGGGGACACUGGAGGAGAAGGUCAAAACGGUGUUGGAUGAGGUUCUGGAGAAGCUUCCGGACCAAUACAACAUGAAUGACAUCGCUGCCAAGACAGCCGAACGGUCUCCUUACAUCCUGGUCUGCUUCCAGGAGUGUGAGCGCAUGAACAUGCUCGUCUCGGAGAUAGGGCGCUCGCUCAGGGAGCUGGACCUGGGACUCAAAGGUGAGCUCGCAAUCUCCCCUGAGAUGGAGAAGCUGCAGGCAGCUUUGUUCCUUGACAACGUUCCGGACGUUUGGACCAAGCUGGCCUAUCCAUCCACAUACAGCCUGGCUAUAUGGUACAACGAUGUGUUGCAGCGUUGUAAGGAGUUAGACAGCUGGACUCAAGAUCUUACACUGCCCACUGUAGUGUGGCUGAGUGGACUCUUCAACCCACAAUCCUUUCUGACCGCCGUGAUGCAGAGCCUGGCCCGCAAGAACGAGUGGCCCCUGGAUAAAGUGAACCUGACUGUGGACGUGACCAAGAAGUUUAAGGAAGAGUUGAACCAGCCAGCAAGAGAGGGGGCUUAUGUAUAUGGACUUCACAUAGAAGGGGCCAGGUGGGAUACCCAAGCCGGAGUGAUCACGGAAGCGCGUUUAAAGGAGCUGACACCGGCAAUGCCUGUCAUGUCAGUCCGAGCUGUGCCCAACGACCGCCAGGAGACCAGGAACAUCUACCAGUGUCCUCUCUAUAGGACCAAGCUCAGAGGGCCCACAUACGUUUGCACUCUGAGCCUGAAAACCAGGGAGCGGCCAGCCAAAUGGGUCCUGGCUGGAGUGGCUCUGCUCCUUAACGUGUGACUCAACUUGGGUAAUUGUAUGGGUGUAAACGUAUAUUUAUAGUUUGCUGAAGUGAAGAAGAAACCUCCAAGAUCAAACAAAUCAUUUUGACAAGCACAGACAUUUAAACUCAACAGACAUUAUGUAUAAAUAUCGCUAUAAUGCCAUCUUGUGGCAUCUUUGGGCUAAGAAUAAUGUUGAAGUGUGUUGAGGAGUUUCUUUUUGUCACAGCAUAGCCUGGUGUACUAGAAAUCUAUACGUAAUUAAAAACCUUUAUUGGGUGGGCGUGAACUAA